GUUGUUCGGUGCCAUGGACAGUGAGUGCUUAUCCUUUCUACCAAGGAUUUGUGUGGCUUUGGCAGACCCGAGGCAGUCUCCCCCUGAUGAUACCUCUUUGGAGAAACUGUUGGAUUGGUUUAAAGAUCUUCCCAACCAAAGGAACGUUAAUGGAGAGUGUCUUCUGCAGCAACAACCGUGUCUUUUGGAGUUCAUAUCCAGCGUUUGUAAAUGUAAAGAUACAGAUCAUGCGAUCCUGUCGUUCACCCUCAAACUCACUGGACUUCUGGCUGCCACCGAGCAAUGCUUCAGCCUGCUUGAGGAGGGAGGUCUGCUUGCGUGCGCGUUCGAGCGCGGAGGCUGGUGCGCGCCUGAUCUCUGGCACGAACCUUCAGUGCGCAGUGGUUGGCUGCAGGGCCUGUUGAAUACGCUGAACCAUCGGAAAGCUCUCGAAUUCAUACGUGAAAAUGGACUCAUCAAAGUUCUUCUCCAUCUGCAGAAUGACCCGAGUCUGUUCGUCAGCUCUUUAGCCAAUGAGGUUUUGGUGAAUAUUCUAAACUUCAUGACAUCAUCAAAGAUGAGCAACAGCAGUGAUGCUGCGGGUUCAGCGCAGUGUCCUCUGGGCCCUGAUUGGGUCUCGGUGUCUUCAGAGAUCAUUAGAGCUGGGGUCGAAGCAUUGGGCUCAGAGAAACAUCCUCAGGUCGUCCAGGGCUUAAAGCUGCUGUCAUUGGCUCUCUCUCAGUGUGGAGAGCCAAUCAGAAGCAUGCUGUGGAAAGAUGUCCUGGUACCUAUGGAGGUCUUGAUUAAUGGGGGAUCUGGUUCAUUGACGAUGCCUCUCAUGACUGUCCUUCAAGCCGCUGUGAGAACUCCUCUACUCAGUCAAUCAGAUUGUAAAGUGAAGGAAUUAAUGGAAGCCAUGUUGGGUGCAGGAAAUGGAAAGGACUGUUUUCAGUGUGCAGUGCUUGUCGUAACGCUGGAGAAAUGUCCUGAGGUGUUAAAAAGGAAGGCCAUCAAUAUCAUCUUGCUCCCCUUGCGUCGCUUGUCGACACAGCUUCAAGAAAUAGCAGAAAAGGAGCUGGAAAUAGUCUUGGUGAAACAGCUGUCCCAGAAAUCCUCAUGCAUCUCUUUGCUCCUGCAGAGUUUAUCAGGCAUAACAGAGCUGGCACACACAAGAUAUCCAUUUGAAGACAUACCAUCAGUCAACCGCUCUGUGAUGCUACUCCUGAGGAUUUGCUCUGGACAUCUCCCAUCCUUUUCACUGCAUAGUAUUGCAUUGACUCACCUGAUUGGCUGCUGCAAGGUUCAGAGGUGUGGCCUGGAUACAUUAGGUGCCCUCAGUGUUUAUAAAGAAAAUGUGGAUUUGCGGCAUGAAGUGUUUGGUGUCCUCUUGGAGUAUCUACAGAAUCCAGAUUCCCAUGCCACGGUUUUAAAGAAGACACUUCAGGCUGCCGUGAGGUGGAUCGAAGUCUGUUCACCUUUUCCCGAUCUGCUUCAGUUGAUCAGCCGUGAUCUCUUCCCUGCUUUGGAGAAACGCACUUGUGAUGUGCGAUGGGAAGUGAGAGACUCUACGCUAGAGUUUAUCGCUCAAAUGACAUCUGCCCUUCGUGGUAACACUGGUUACGCGGAAGUUCUGCACACCAGCGGCAUGUUCUCCAUUCUUCUGUCCUCUUUAGCAGAUGUUGAAGGCUACGUCAGGGCUAGUGCCGUGGGUGCCGUCGGGGAAGCGGUUACCUUUCUCGUCCAACAGACGGAGCUUCUUCUGGAGGAGAUUGUAACAAAAAUGAUGGCCAUUCUUUCUCAAGACACGGAAGGCUUCCCUCGGAGAGCUGUGGUCAAAGCCUUCACAUCGUGGCUGAAAGGAACACACCCCCUCCCAGCUCUGGACCAAUCCCUGAGCACCGUACUGUCAUUGGGAGGCAACGACUUUGACUGGGAGGUCAAAAUACACACACUGGAGCUAGCAGAUGUGUUAAUAGAGAAAACGCUGACGUGCUAUCCGUACGCCGUCCAGAUCUCAAGUUCACCAGAUGAGACGGCCUUGACGCAAGCUCUGCGCAAACUCAAAGAUCUCGGCCUGUUGGAUUUGCUGCUUAACAGCUUGUUUGACUGUGAUAGGCCGGUGUGUGAGAAAGCUUGCUCACUCUUACUCAAGCUUAGGACACUUGCUGUUGACAUUGAUCGCAGCGAUGUUGUUUUGGAUGUCUGUGGUAACAGAUGGGGCGAUGAGGUUGGGAGUCGAUAUCUCAACCAACUGCAGGCAAAGCGGUCUUUGUGUGUGAUUAAUGGAGCUAAAGAGACUUGUGAGAAACUGGACAGCGAUCUACUGAGCAUCAAGGAGAUUAGUUUGCCCAAUGUGAUGCGGUUAUUGGAUCUCGACUCUAUGCAGAGGACUUUAACCUUGAGUAGUGAUCAUGUAGUGAAUUCUCCACGAUCGCUAAUGGAGGACAUUCUUUUAUCUGUCCAGCAGACGGAGGAGAAUAUAGUAGAUUGCUAUUGAGAAUAUGCUAUAUGUUUUUAUAAUACAGAGAUAAAUAAAUAACCUUGUGAUGAUAA